AUGAAAACUUCGAAAGAAAUACAACAAAUAAUUGAACAAUCAUCUAGUGAAAAACGUUUAUCACAAAUUAGAACAUUAUCUCAAACAUCGAAAAAAGAUCAAAUAAGAAUCAUAGGUUAUUCAAAAGUUUGAGAUUUUAUCAGUAAAUUGAUGAUAUCUAUGACAAACCUAUACAUAAUUGAUUUAUCGAAAUAUGUAAUUUUGUAGAGGAAGAUUAAAACUAUCAUCUACAAAUAGAAUACUUCAAAAUGUAUAAAUGUAAUACAAUGUUAUGAUUAUUUUACUCAUUUGAAGCAAAUAUUUUCGUUCUAUAUUUUUCGAGAAAAAUCUUUCAAUGAAGUUUUAAUCUAAAAUGUUUCAUAUAGGCACUUUUCAUAGUCAUUGGACAGUUCUGAAACUUUCAACGAAAACGAUCAUGUCUUCUUCAAGAUAUUCGAUUUCCAAAUCAACUCGAUUACUUUGUCCUCAUAUUGUAAACUUCUGCUUUCUUUGUUUUUGGAUAUUGAAUAUCUCGAGAAAGUCAUGUUCAUUCCGGUUGAAACUUUCAAGAUUACCUCAUGACUAUGAAACGUGUGUCAAGACAAACUUCAAGUCAAAACUCUUUGUUUUGAACUUUUUCGGA